AUGGAACAUGGUAUCAGAAUAGGCAGGAAGGACACGACCAAAGGCCCGCCAUUGCGCAUCUUGUCGCUAGAUGGCGGUGGGGUAAGAGGAUACUCGAUGCUCAUCAUCCUGCAAGAGCUCAUGCACAGGACAUUCGUGGAGAUUGAGGGCAGGGCGCCGAAAAGACACGAGAUACCGAAGCCAUGCGAGCACUUCGACCUGAUAGUGGGAACGGGUACUGGAGGACUGAUAGCGAUAAUGCUCGGUCGGUUACGCCUGGAUCUGGAUACUUGCAAAGAGGUGUAUGUGCGCAUGACGAGAAGGGUGUUCGAGACCAACAAGACCUUCCUGGGCAUGCCAUACAAAGGCACCAUGUUCAAGGCGAGCAAGCUGGAAGAAGCCAUUCGGGAAGUGGCACGCGAGCACACAGUCUUCGACGACGAGGGCAACGAUACCUUGGCAAAUGCAACGCCCAUGACACCCAACACUCCCAGCAGUAUGGCUUCGUCGCAUCUGCAGCGUAGUCUGAGCCAAGGCAGCAGGUACAGCUCAAUCGGCAUGGGCGCAGGCAUGGGCAAUAGGACAUUGAUAGGGGCCCUCGCUCGCGGCAACCCGAAUGCUUUGCUGUAUGACACAAGGGAACAUCGGACGAAGACAGCAGUGGCAGCAGUGCUCAAAGGCACCUCGGUCAUCGCACUACUUCGAUCCUAUGACUCGCGAAAGGAGCCAGCGCCCGAUGUCAACUGCACAAUCUGGCAAGCUGGUCGCGCCACGUCUGCGACUCAAAUGGCAUUCAAGCCGAUACAGAUUGGUCAAUCAUGGUACCUGGACGAGGGCGCUGGGAGAUACAACCCAGCGCCACUUGUGCUCGAUGAAGCGAUCAAGAACGAGUGGCCGGGUCGAGAAGUGGGUGUCUUUGUGAGCAUUGGCACUGGCAAGCGACCACCAGGCACUGGCGCAAAGCAGCAUGAAUGGUGGGAGGACUUCAUGGGAGGCUCGAUGGGAGAAUUUGCCGAAGCGCGAAGGAAGCUGAUCUCCAAGCUCGAGGGGUGUGAGGAGAUCCACAAGUACAUGCAACGAGAGCAUCUCGCUGCUCGCGGCGUCAAUCCCGAGAACUAUUACCGAUUGAACGUCGAAGUUGGUGUUGGCGAGUUCGGCAUGGAUGAAUGGAGUCGACUAUCAGAAAUUAGCGCAAGCACUCGAUCGUACCUGUCGAAGAAGGAAGUCGAAAGCAUGAACCAAGGAGCGUCUGCAAAGAUUGCGAAGAUCUUCUUCGCCAAAGUACGACACGACCGAGCCGAAGCCAGAAAGCAAGCAGGUCACGAUGGACCACAGUACAGCAGCAUCAGAGAGCAAAAUCCAUGGGAACGACCACUUCCUGGGGCACCACCACCAAUAAACUUCGCAGUCGAGCUGCCCGGCGAUGAGAGCUACAAAGCAAGUCAGCAACAAUACGAUCACCGUCCGAGUGUAACAGACCAGAAGUACACAGUACAGCCCGGCGAUCAGCAAUACAUGCACCGCCCGAGCGUCGCCGACCAGAAGUACACCGUCACCGGCGAUGGCUACGACAGGUCGUAUGACAACUCACCACAACAACGACCCGUCAACCUUCACCACUCCUCACCACACAACUCAUUACCACACAACUCAUCACCACCCCAUCAGUCACGAACCUCAAACGACUACCCGAACUCCUUCCGCUUCUCCGACGCGUCGACAGCAUACGGCAACGGAUCACCCCGACAAAGUCAAGACUUCGCGCCUCAUCAGCACCCACAACCUCCUUCAUCACCACCUCCAGUCCCGCCCAAAACGCCUACAAAUGGUGGACUACCGUAUCCAGACACUGAUGGCCCAGGCUCAAUGACGAGUCCCCAGGUGCCGCCGAUUCAGCAGUUGCAGCCGAUGUCGUUUAUGUAUAUGGGGGAAUUGAAUAGGAGGUUGGCAUCACCUGGCCCGCCGCCGAAUGUCAAUAUGGCGAAUAAGCCGACGAUGUCGCAGUAG